CCUUGGAGAUUCAUUUAUGUUUAUGGGCGUCUAAGGCUGUGCAGCAUCAGCGCGAAAGCGACUCCAGGUCUGCGGGUUGACCAGGUCUUUCUCAUCGUAUUUCUCUAAGAAUGCAUCUUCUCAAGCUUGCGGCCUUCGCAGGCCUUGCGAAUGCUUUCCAACUUCCAACUUGGAUCCCAUUCGUUACUACCUCUAGGGAUUCUCAAGCGACUUUCGAGCUUCCCUCACCUGAAUCCGUGAACAGAGUCGCCGUGAUCGGUGCAGGUGCAGGAGGUUCUUCCGCUGCUUUUUGGAUCUCUAAAGCGAAGGAACGAUUCCCUGAUUUGGACAUCCAGGUGGAUGUGUUUGAGAAGAGCGAUCGGGUUGGUGGAAGAAGCACGGUGGUACAACCGUAUGAUGACCCCUCAUAUGAACCUGUUGAACUUGGAGCUUCCAUCUUCGUCAAGGUGAACAAAAACCUGUGGAGGGCGGUGGACGAAUUUGGGCUCGAGCGGCUUAAUUUCAAAGACGAUGAUGACAGUAUCGGGAUAUGGGAUGGCGAGCAGUUCCUCCUCACGACGACUGGCGGCAGGUUCGGUGGGUGGUGGGAUACCGUGAAGGUACUAUGGCGGUAUGGCUAUCGAGCACCUACCAAAACUCAGGCUAUCGUUGACAGAAUGGUCGGUAAAUUCGUGUCCCUCUAUUCAUGGGAAUUCUCGACGCCGUUUCAAAACCUAACCGAAUUGGUCACCGACCUGGAAUGGAAGAAAGUUGUUAGCCAAACGACCUCUGAAUUCUUCGAUUUGCAAGGCAUUGACCGACGAUGGACAAGGGAAAUGGUUGAAGGUGCUACAAGGGUGAAUUACGGACAAGACGUUGAUCAAAUUCAUGCUCUGGAGGGCUUAUGCUCGUUAGCUACUACCGGAGCUUCCAGUGUGAAAGGUGGAAAUUACCAGCUGUUUGAACAAUUUGUGAAGAGGUCCAAUGCAACAUUGCAUUUGAAUACGACUGUGACGAGUAUCUCAAGAGACGAAAAGAAUUCUCUCUGGACGCUCCGCACGACUAAUGAUUCUUCAAUCGUUGAAGAUACCCGUCACUACCGCGCUAUAAUCCUUGCUGCACCUUUCCACCAAACCGAUAUCAAACUCUCCUUACCCUCCAACUCCACAGCCGUCAUCCCUCAACAACCCUACGUCAACCUCCAUGUCACACUCCUCAGUACAACCUCCCCCACUGCGAACCCUGGGUACUUCGGCCUAAAGGAAGGGGCAGGUGUUCCUGGUAUGGUGUUGACGAGUAAUGAGAAGGGAAGGUAUGGAGGAAAAGAGCCGGAAUUCAAUUCGUUGAGUUAUCAUGGGAAGUUGACCAAGAAGGAAGGCGCCGAAGCGAAAGGCGAGGAAAAGGAGGAAUACGUGGUGAAGAUAUUCUCGAAGACGGAGGUGCAAGAUGGAUGGUUGAAGAACGUGUUUGGUGAGGUUGGCUGGGUUCAUCGGAGACUGUUCCAAGCGUACCCAGUUCUCCCGCCUACAACUAGCUUCCCACCAAUCAAACUUGACCGAGGACUGUACUACGUCAAUGCCUUCGAGCCGCUGAUAUCAACGAUGGAAACAGAAACGAUUUCUUCACGAAAUGCAGUCCAAUUACUCUUGCAUGAAAUUUACAAUGCCGGAAUCUGCAAAGCCGCGGAUGAUAACAAGGCUCCACAGCAUCAGAAGGAAGGUUUCGUGUACGGAUGGGAUUGCGAAUAUGAUUAAGAACGAUUCUCUUGACUUAGUUACCCUGAUUGGACGGUACUUUGGAACUAUUUGUUAUGCUUGCUGUAAUGUUCUCGUUAUUUCACCUACUCACUCUCACUUCGAAAUUCUAUAUCGAUCUCGAUGAUCUGGAAAUACCAAUACUCAUGAAGUCUGCGAAUGUGCGUUGGAUCCAGAUAAACGGAAAGGAUGUCUGGGAAGAAACGCGAGUUUAUGGU